AUGGCCAAAAGGGUGUUUGGGCAAACCCCUCUGUUCCUGCUUUCAGAAAACAAGUGGUUACUGUGUCCAAAUCUGCCCCUUGCUCAGGUGAACACUGGAGGAUUUCUGAAAUGGUUGGAGUCACAUCGGUUGGUUUUGUUCAAACAAACAGAGCUCUAUCAUAACUUUACUCUCUGUAAAGAGAUCCUCAACUUUGUGUCCUCUAAUUCCACAGGAGAAGAGCUUGCUCUUUUCUGUGUGAGAGUUUCCAUGUUGUUGAAUAUGAAAAUGGAAGAUGAAUUUCAGACUAUGAUUCAGCUAACUCUUCUGACACCGAUCAGACUGACACACCUGAGUGAAGGCUCUGCCAUUCUGUCUCUCUGCCAUCUGCAUACAGAUGACAUCACUAAGCUCCUGUCCAAAGAAUGUCCACUUAGUGCCAGAAAGCAUAAGUUAUCAGAGAUGAGGAAGAAGGCUAUAUACCAGCUGCAAUCCUAUUGGCUGCCUCAGUUCUUGCACUGCUGUAAAUCCUGGGUGUGGCACAUACCAGAAUGCCUUCCAAUUGUACAGGAAUACAUGUCUUUAUCUUCCCCUUGUCCCGCUGUUCAAUCCCCUUCACCAUGUGAACCUAAACAAUGCCAGCCGAAUCCUACAUGCAGCACUGCAAAAUCAUACUGCAGCAAACGCACCAAACGACGUCUUUGGAGUGUAUGCAAGCCAAACACGAGCUGCGCUCAGCAUAUGAAGUCAAACAGCAUCUGUUUGUGGCUUCCCCCAACCAGCCAACAAGAUCAGGAGGGUUUCAAGCAUUCAAACAUUGCACAUCCUCUCCAAGAACUGCACAGAAACCUCCAGACUGGCCUCCAAGAACAGGUGGAAAUUCAGGAAGGAGAUGCUGUUGUCCAGCACACAUGCAUCCAAACACCAGUGUGUCAGUUUCCAUGCUGUAUGAACCUUCAUACUCCGGCUUCAGACCUCCAAUUCUAUCUGCAGCCCGCCCUGUCUGCCGAGGGUCUCGCCGGGGGUCCUUUCAGGUCUUUUCUGAGAACCCAUAAACUGGUUGAGAAGCUCCAGGUGUUGAAUCUAUGGCAGGACCUUGAACUCUUCCUCCAGCUGGUUCUGAAAGCACAAGGAGAAGAUCCAGUCUAUGCGCAGAGACAGAGUGUUGGCCAACGGAUAAAAAAAACGUACCUCAAAGAGACCAUGCAAUGCCAUGUACCUCUAGAUUUAAAUACUAGUCACCACUUGCAGACUCUGUUACCCUCUAGUGCUGCUGUCCCAUGGAUAUAUGUGGCACAAUAUGAAAUAUGCAAGGUACUACGUGAAGCUUAUGAGUCAUUUUUAGAUGCAGAGGACAAAGCUUUUCUGUCUGACCUGACUUCACACAUUGAGGAGAUUGAAGACUCUGGUCAGCUGCUAUUCACUAGUUUUGAGACAGAAACUGAAGCUCAGAUUGUACAGAUGGACGUGUUACUGCAGUGUGAAGGAUGCGGUAGCCGUGGCAACCCUGAUGCUCUGUCCCAGGAGAACUGGGCUUUGGUGGCCCAACAGGACCUUCGGAGGGGAGGCUCACUGAUCUUUAAUUUCACCAAAAUUGAUUCAUUUGAACAUCUGGCAACAUGGAAACUGAGUGAUAUUCAAAUGCAACCUGCUCAAGGUGUGUCUGUAACUAAAUCCAUUGGUUCUGGGACUGUCCAGAGGAAAACUCUGAAGAAGUACAUUCGUCCUUUACAAAGGCCAUCUUCAAGACCCAGGUCAUUUGAAGACAUCUUCACCACGCUUCACAGCAUUGAUUAUUUCAAACACUUCUUAGAAGAGCACAAUGCAGAAGGAGCUUUGCUGUUUAUUCUGGAGGCAGAAGAACUGCGCACCAUCAACCAACCCAAAAGACAGAACAAUAAGAUCUGUGACAUUGUUAACAAAUUCUUUCAUCGAAAAGAUCCCGUGGACUACCUGCAGUGCAACGCUGACAUCAUUAAAGGUGUGCAGCAGAUGGACGUGGUUUCAUCAGAGGUCAUCUUCACCAUUCAGCAUCUGGUUACCAAGUCCCUGGAGGCCACAUGGUUUAAACGGUAUCAGGACACAUAUACUCCUUGUAUCACUUCAUCGGAAUUGAACAUGAGAGGAGCCUUACUGAAGGACAAAAUAAAAAAUGUUUGGGAGAUUUUUAGCGGCUUCAUUCGCAGUGUAAGGAAGUUUUUGGCUGCUGUGGAGGACCGUCAGUUCAGAGCCGAAUUUGAGUGGUAUUUGAGAAAGAGUUAUGAACAUUUCUCAGAACCUUGUGUUGUCAGCGCCAGAGCCCAGCAGACCUUUGAUUCCACCAAUGUUGGAGAAACGUUUAAACCUAAGAUACGGAGCAUUAUCAACAAAAAAAUUAUAGUGAACUUCUUAGGCAAUGACCUAUCCUUCUACCUGGAGUGUGAGAGGUUCAGAUAUAUGGCGGAUGCAGGUGUUAUAAUGGCAUCAGCUGGCAUGUAUGGCGAGACUGAUUAUGCCAUGCUCUACCAUAAAGCUGAGUUGAUCAUCAACAUUUUCCUCCAAUCAGACACCUCCCAAAAACUCAGGAUCAACAUCAGUGAGUCUCAGAGAGAUGUUAUACUGCAGCGGUUUGUCUCUGGGAAGGUGGACCGCACACUCUUCUAUUCUGCAAUGAUGGAUGUGUUUCCUGUUCUCGUCUACUGCUGGAAAAAGUUUUGUUGUCUGAAGAUGAUGAAGCAUCUGUAUGGAGAUAAAGCAUUGAGGAAUCAGACUGUGUGCUCUUCUUCUGAGGUCCAGAAUCCUUCAAACAUCAACCAGCAGAAUAUCCAGACAGUCAAAACUGUCGAAGUUAAAGAGCCGACUCUGCAUUUUUCCACUCAACAAGGCCUCAUACUGAUGCUGCCACAGACACGACUCAAACCCACAGGUGCUCCUGUUCAGAAGCCUUCUGCCAAAUACUCAUAAAGAGUUUAAAGUGUCAUUAAAGCACCUCUAUACAACUGAUGGUGUUCUGACUCCAA